UGUAUAUAUUGUAACUCUUAAAAAAAUGUUCAAACUUAUUUUGCUGCUCAACAUUUAUUGCUGUGUGUAUUUUCAUUUUUAUUGAAAUAUGUUAUACCGUAAACAAUAUGCAUUUCUGUCUGUGCUGUAAGCAUUCAUUCUAGUUAUGCCAGAAUUUUGAGUCUGUAUGUUUUAAUGUAUUAUAAGAUUUUUUUCCAAUUGAGAAAUUAGAAUAAUAAUGAACACUACAUGAGAAUGAAUCGUAGAAAUCUGAAUUGAUAUCAAACAGAAUAAUGCUGCUCGGUGAUUAAGAAAAUAUAGAAAUCUGAAUUGAUAUCAAACAGAAUGAUGCUGCUCGAUGAUUAAGAAAAUACUCGAUAAAAUCUAUUUGAAUCAAUGGGAUUCAAAUACGGGAAUAUUCACUCAAUGGGGAAAAGAAUUGCGUUCAGGAGUAUCCAAAAGAUUUAUUAUACUUCACAGCAAAAUGAAAAACAUUUAAAAAAGAUGCCAAAUAAUUAGGUCAACUUUGACCAGUUACGUCACAUCAAAUAUUUCUACUAUUGAGGCACUUUUCUUGGGGCAUUCCAAGAUUUUUAUUUAGUUUCAACCCAAAUUUAAAAAUUUGAGAUCCUUGGGUCCAAGUACUGUCCUGAUUGGUUGUAAAACUUUUGUGAUAUAUGGUUAUUUCCAAAAAACAUGAUUUGGAGUAAAAUUUUCAUCUUAUAAUUGCAAGACAUCCAUUUUCCAAAGACCUGAUGGAGCUGAGUUCUUGUUUUGAAUAUUCUAGAAGACAAAUUCAAUUCAACUUUUUAAUCACUUCGAGGUGAAUUUUAUUUUACUAAAAGCUAUAAAGUUAUGAAUCUUAGCUUAAUCGGAAAGUCCAAUGGAUGGUAUGGAUGGUAACAAUAAUUGUAAAUCUACGCCCGUAGCGGUCGGCCAUGGCGGGGACAAUGCGAAUGACGGAAAACGUUAAACCAGUAGAACGGCCGCUGAGGGCGCUACGAGCUACUGGUAGAAUCGAAUCGAGGAUCUUUUUAUUUGCCGUAAAUGCAGCAUCCCGGUCUAUAGCUGUCUCAUCAGCGGUUCCUGCCACCGCAAACACUAGCGAGCAACCACUGUACUUUACCCAAACAUUUAAUCUCGGUGCAUUUUAAGCGUCAACGGAGGAGUUUGCAUUGUCAGACGCUACAUUUUUCGUACAAUGCGAUUCCGGCUCUAGUCGUACGAAGCUCCAAAAUUUAGAGGUCAGAUAGAAAUUACAGAAUGGGUUCGGCUACAGAAAUGAUGAUAAAUGACUUUGACGAUGAGCGUACCUUGGAUGAAGAAGAAGCACUGGAAGGUAGCGAAGACUCCCACAACGAAUUAUCUAAUUUGCAAAAGGAAGGUGACAUGCCAUUGAAGGAAUUGCUGGCCAAGUACGGAUACAGUCAGCGCUCAGCGGAGAACUCUGAGAGUUCCGACCAGAUGAAUAUGAUGCAGGACGAAGAGGGCCCGGAGUCGUUAGGGAAGGAUGAAAAUUUAGGCGAUGAGUACGAAGAGGAAGAAGAAGAGGAUGAAGACGAGGAAGAGGUGGAGGACGAAGAUGAAGAAGAGGACGAUGAUGGCAAUGGUGUUAAGCCAAAGUUGGCAGGUGACAAGAUGUUCAAGCAGUUGAGCUUGAGGGAAUUUUAUUUGGAAAUGAUCAAAAUGGACGCUAAACGUAUGUGCAUCGCGGGUGAUAAUGCGGGGGACGAUGCGACCCGUGAAAACAUUGACGAUUCUCGCAGAGUGGUUGAUUCGGGCUUGAGUAAUCGUGGGGAAAUGCUCGAUGAUAAUCUCGGAGAGGAUAACGACGUACGGUCUCGAGUGAACGAUGGUACGACGAGCAAUAAUGAAAAUUCAUCUUCGCGAAGUGGAGCCGACGCAGCUAGUGGGGAGGGUGGCGACGGUGCGGGUAGUGGCGGCAAUGGUAGUACGGGUGGAGGUGACGGGGGUGAUGGCGGGAGCGGCGGCGGUGCCGCAGGUGGUGGAAGUGGCGGUGGCGGAGGUGUCGGAGGCGGGGGUGGAGGUGGCGGUGGUGGUGGAGGUGGCGGUUCCUCGAGACUGUUGAGAAGCGUCUCCCGACCUCAAAGCGAAGAGGAGGACGACGAUUGCGAUUACAGUCCCGACGAGGAGGAAUGGAAAAAAACGAUAAUGGUCGGGAGCGAUUAUCAAGCUACGAUACCCGAAGGUCUAUGCAAAUACGACGAUGCAUUGCCUUACGAGAACGAGGAUAAAAUUCUUUGGAAUCCUUGUUUUAUGUCGAAACAAGAAGUCGAAGAGUUUCUCGAACGUGCUCAAUUGUCGAAUGUCAAAAGUACCACGAAUACUCUACCAACCGGUGGACACAUUAGGGAUGACGAACAAGCCCUCUACCUCUUGUUACAGUGCGGUUAUAAUCUUGAGGAGGCACUCCGAAGACGAAGAAUGAAUGUACUUCCUCCUACCGAUGCCAUUAGCCUCUGGUCCGAGGAAGAAUGUCACAAUUUUGAAUCUGGUUUACGCACUUACGGCAAGGAUUUUCAUCUCAUACAGAGAAACAAGGUCCGGACGAGAUCGGUCGGUGAGCUCGUACAAUUUUACUACCUGUGGAAGAAAACCGAGAGGCACGAUAUAUUCACAUACAAGGCGCGAAUGGAGAAGAAAAAAUAUGCUCUUCAUCCUGGCAUCACGGAUUACAUGGAUCGUUUCCUGGAGGAACAAGAAGGCGUGCGCGAUCGCAGUAGCUCACCGAACGUGAAUUGUUUGCUAUACGGUGAUGCAAAACGACAACGUAGUUCGGUAAAUACACUGUCGAAUAAUCAAAGCGAGGAAGUGAAAUCAUUGGAUACCUGGGACGGUGUAACGACCGAUGAAUCACUUGGCGAUUUGAAUAAUAUGAGUAUGUCGACGGGAACGACGACGACAACAACGACGAGUACAGCCGGUGGUACAACAAGCGGAAACCUUUCAUCGACGACGAGCUCGAGUCCGCUUGUCUCGUCCUCCUCGGUUACCUCAGUUUCUGAAACAAAAACAACCGAGUCGACUGCUGGAACGAUCAGUUCGAGCAACCCAACAAAUCGAAAAAACGUUGAUGGAGUAUCAACAAAUCACAGCCACGAUACACCUCGCCAUAGUUAUUCACCGUCGCCCGAAACCAUUUUAUCCAAUUUGCCGCCUUAGCGCCGCCGUACUUAUCUGAAUUUUCGUUCAUCUAACUUUCCGGAUAGAUCACACACACGGACGCGCUAUAAUUCUACCUCCGAUCCUCGCUAUGAUAUUUUAAAGAAAAAGGAAAAGCAACUAAAAGCCGAUGUAUCACGACAAAAACAUCAUUUACGAUCUCUCACAACUUCAGCACGUCCACAUUCACCGUCGCGAAUAACGAUGUAAGGCAUAAUAUUAUCUAGCACCUCGAAUUAUAUUUUUAUACUGUAUGGUAAAUGAAGAAAAGAUGAGAAAGAGAGGGAGACAGGAAGAAAGAAAGAAAACAGGUCAUUAUAUUAAUAA